ACGUCAGUAAGUCAGAUCCGGCCGUCUGAAAUCUCGACAAAAACAUUAAAAAUUGAAAAAAUCUUUCUAUGUUUCUUUUUCUCUCUCUUCGAAACUUCUUUCUUUCUCUCUUUCGAAACAAACUUCUUGGCGAAGACGUCUAUACUUCCCGCCAAUCUAAGUCAGCAUUGCCGGGGCUAUUUCUCCUCCGGUGAUUUCCUCGAUCUGACAUAACCGUCAAAUCAACUCCACGGUACUCAAAACCAGAUUACCCAGGACACAGAUCAUUAAAAUUUUCAGUCGUCGUUUUUAACGAGGAAGAAAGAAGAAUCACGAUUUAUACCAAUCCUUAGAGAUUCAAAGUAAACUGGUCCAGAUUUGGUUUCGAUUUCAUUUAUGAUCGUAGAAUUUGUUGACUUUUUAGUUUCAGGUUUAGAUGAUCUGAAAAAUUAGGAAUUCCAUCAAAGUCUUUGGAUUUUAGUGGAUUUCUGAUUUGGAAUCUGAUUUGGUUAUUGGGAGGCUUUGAUGAUUACGGUGAACAGUGUAUCAAAGAUCAUUUGAAGGCCUGGGUCUCCUGAAAUAAUUGAGGGAAGAAACAAAUGACGAAGGUUGUGUACGAAGGAUGGAUGGUUAGAUGUGGAAGAAGAAAGAUAGGUCGUUCUUUUAUUCACAUGAGAUAUUUCGUUCUGGAAUCUAGGUUACUCGCUUAUUACAAGAAUAAGCCUGCUGAUAAUGUGGUUCCUGUCAAGACUCUUCUUAUUGAUGGUAACUGUAGAGUAGAAGACCGAGGAUUGAAGACGCAGCAUGGACAUAUGGUAUAUGUGCUGUCGGUCUAUAACAAGAAAGAGAAAUACCAUCGCAUCACGAUGGCGGCAUUCAACAUCCAAGAGGCACUAGUCUGGAAAGAAAAGAUAGAACUAGUCAUCGAUCAGCAUCAGGAGUCACCACUUCCAAAUGGUAACAGGGCAUAUAUCUCAUUUGAAAAUAAAUAUGGAACAGAUAAUGGAAGGACUGCCUCAUCAUCAGACCGUGAGAGCCAGGGAAGUGCACAAGGUGACGAAGAGGAGGAGAACAGUCAUAGUUUACUAAGGAGAACAACUAUAGGAAAUGGCCCCCCUGAGUCAGUGCUUGAUUGGACCCGGGAGAUCGACUCAGAUUUAUCGAACCAGAAUAACAGUGAUCAAGUCUUCUCUAGAAAGCAUUGGCGCCUUGUCAACUGCCAGAAUGGGCUUCGCAUUUUUGAAGAGCUUCUCGAAGUUGAUUACCUUCCAAGGAGCUAUAGUCGAGCAAUGAAGGCCGUUGGUGUAGUGGAGGCUACAUGCGAAGAAAUAUUUGAGCUUGUAAUGAGCAUGGAUUCAACACGGUUUGAGUGGGAUUGCAGCUUCCAGUAUGGCAGCUUAGUUGAGGAGGUGGAUGGGCAUACCGCAAUACUUUACCAUAGACUGCAGCUGGAUUGGUUCCCUAUGGUUGUGUGGCCUCGUGAUCUAUGCUACGUUCGUUAUUGGCGUCGAAAUGAUGAUGGAAGUUAUGUUGUAUUGUUUCGAUCUAGGGAGCAUGAGAACUGUGGUUCACAGCCAGGAUUUGUUCGCGCCCAUGUUGAAAGUGGAGGAUUCAAUAUUUCCCCUCUUAAACCUCGAAAUGGGAGGCCUCGGACACAGGUUCAGCAUCUAAUGCAAAUCGAUCUGAAAGGGUGGGGUGUUGGUUAUUUUCCAUCAUUUCAGCAACAUUGUUUACUUCAGAUGUUGAAUAGCGUUGCUGGCUUGCGUGAGUGGUUUGCUCAAACAGAUGAAAAGCUCUCUGUUCCAAGGAUACCAGUCAUGGUCAACAUGACCUCAGAUACCAUUUCAAAGAAAAAUCAGAAAAAACAAGGGCAUUCGUCCCAGCCUUCGUCGCUGGAUCAAAUAAAUUCCGUAGGCAGAAAUUCUGUUAUGUUGGAUGAGUACUCAGAUGAUGAUGAAGAGUUUCAAUUGGCAGAGGCUGAACAAGAGGCAGGUUCGGAUGCACUUGAGAAUGAAAACAAACAUAUAGCCGUUGAAGAAGAACCGGAUAAUCAAAUUGAUUUGUCUUGCUUCUCUGGCAAUCUUCGACGGAAUGACAACGAUAAUGCACGUGACUGUUGGAGGAUAUCAGACGGGAACAACUUCAGAGUCCGUAGCAGAAAUUUUUGUUUUGACAAAUCUAAGAUUCCUGCAGGGAAGCAUAUGAUGGAUCUCGUGGCAGUUGAUUGGUUUAAGGACACAAAACGUAUGGAUCAUGUGGCAAGGCGUCAAGGCUGUGCGGUACAAGUAGCUUCAGAAAAAGGGCUAUUCUCACUGGCCGUCAAUUUACAAGUUCCUGGAUCAACACACUACAGUAUGGUGUUUUACUUCGUAACAAAGGAAUUAGUACCAGGAUCCCUCUUGCAACGUUUCGUUGAUGGAGAUGAUGAGUUCCGCAACAGUCGGAUGAAGCUCAUUCCGUCGGUUCCCAAGGGUAGUUGGAUUGUGCGGCAGAGUGUUGGAAGUACUCCUUGUUUAUUGGGGAAAGCAGUUGAUUGCAACUACAUCCGUGGUCCAAAGUACUUAGAAAUAGAUGUUGAUAUUGGUUCUUCAACUGUUGCUAAUGGUGUAUUGGGUCUUGUUUGUGGAGUAAUUACAACAUUAGUUGUCGACAUGGCUUUUCUUGUACAGGGAAACACUACUGAUGAGUUGCCUGAACGGCUAAUUGGUGCUGUCCGUGUAUCACAUAUUGAGCUAAAAUCGGCAAUUGUACCAAAACUGGAAUCCGAUUCUCCACCAACGGAAUCAAACAAUUGAACUAAUGUGUAUCAGAAAAUGAUCCUAUUCGUUUUCCGUUUUUCGAUUUUUGGGUUUUGUUUUCAAUUUAUUUUUAUUAUUAUUUGCCUUUUCAGUCUGCUGUUGGUAUUUAUAUUUUUAUCCCCUUAUCAUCAGUGGAGCAAAAUCGCAAUUCUAGAGAUUUCGUUUUACAUGUAGAAAGUUUGUUUUUCCUCGAUUGGGAAUCCCCAUUGUGAAUUUUUAUUUUUUUAAUAUAAAUGUGAUUUCAUUUAUCACCUUGUAAUUGUGAUGAAAUGUCUUGGUGUUGGAAUGUUCUCAGCAGACGCGGAGUAAUUCAUAUAACAAGACGCACAAGUUUUAAC